CUUAUCUUCACAAAAAUUACACUUGUACUGCUCUUGAGUCUCACAUGCACUAUCCUGAGCAAAAAAAAAAAAAAAAAAAAAAGACUGAAUCUUUUUGUUUUUCCCCCUCCAUUAUAUAUCAAUCAUAAAAUUCCAAAUUUGUAAUAUUCAUUCAUUCCAUUAUUUCUUGGCCACAUUCUGCCUUACCCAUUUCCAGACUCCUUUUGGAUUCCACACAUUGGCGCCACUAAAUAGGCCGAGUUACCCAGAAAAUGGGUGCCAUUGGGUUAAAGUUUUAGGCUUUGAGACAUCAGUUCUGGGGGUCCUUUCCUCUCCUGAAAUGAGUUUGCUCAAGCUUUCCUGGGUGAUUUGGUUGCUCUCGAUUUUGGGGUGUAGAGCUCUUCUCUGUUGUCAUGCUGCUGAUUUGUCUCUCAAGUUAUUGAAGGCUCCACGUCAGUUUUCUCACUUGAGUAGAGCUACAUUUGAUUUGCAAGCCUUUUUGGGUGAGGAUGAGAGUGCUGCUUGUGUUAACUGUACUUUCAGUUGCAGGCUAGAUGGUGGCAAACCAACAGAUUGUGGAUCCAGGAAGGUUUACUAUGCAGGGCUGGAGGAUGGCAAUCAUGGGUUUGAAGUCUGCAGCAGUGAUGGAAGCUCUUCAGUUGUUUGUGCUGACUACAAUUGGACUGUUGACACUAUCCCUCCAAGUGCUUCCAUUGCCACUUCAUCAUCUUUCACAAAUUCCUUAAACGUGUCUGUAAAUAUUACUUUCACCGAGCCCUGCACCGGAGGAGCAGGUUUUCGAUGUGCAUCAGUGGACUCUUGCGAUCUACUAGUCUAUGGUGCUGGCCAAGUGAUCCCAUCUUCCUUUGCUGUUCUUGAACCAAACCUCAAGUAUUCUCUAAUGGUGACCUUAUCGCGUAGUGUUGUAUAUGGGCGAGUUGUCUUGGUAAUGAACAAGAACUUCUGUUCUGAUAAUGCUGGAAACAUGUUUACCAGAACACAGAAUUCUAGUUACUUUCUCCAUUUUGAUUGGAGGAGUGUGUUCGUUGAUAUGAGGACUCGAGUUCCUGAAAGGUUACUUCAACUCCAAGGCGAAACUAGGACGGUUCAAGCAACUAACAACUAUGAUAACCUCAAGUUGUAUCUCUACUUCUCCGAGCCUAUCCUCAAUUCAUCAACUGAAGUUCUAAAUUCUCUUAAUGCAAGUGGAGGCUCACUCCGUCCAUUAGGUGGAGAAAGCCUUGGCAACCGUAGAUUUGGUUUCGAGGUUGUAAAUGUUUCUGCCAUUUCUAUUGUUACAGUUGCAAUGCAUUCGGACUCGAUUAUAAGCAGACCAGGGACUCCCGUCUCUCCUAUUGCACCAGCCACCUUCCUUUAUGAUUCUGAGAAGCCUGCUGUGAGGCUAAGCACAACAUCCAACACAAGGACGAGGGAGCACAACCUUCUGGUGUCUAUAAAAUUCAUGAAACCGGUAUUUGGUUUCAACUCUUCCCUUCUGUCAAUCUCUGGAGGGCAUUUGCAGAGGCAAGCUUACCCUCACAGUACCUCAAACUAGCAAAAUAAAAUUGACUAUUUCACCAUUUUUAACAUUGAUUUCUUCCAUUAAAUUCCAGCUUCCAUGAAUUAAGUAGGAGCAGCUACAUUACAGAGGUACAAGCUGAUGGUGACACAGUAUCAGUUAGUGUUCCUGGCAACAUCACUUCUGAUAUUGCUGGAAACAAGAAUCUCCCAUCCAAUGUUCUACAAGUGAGACACUAUUCCGUACCUAGAAUCUCGUGCAUAGUAUCCACAUUUGCAGCUGCUUGCUUCAUUGCUACAUGUCUAGUUGCUGGACUGCUCACUCUGUCAACAGCAAGCCUUCAGGCCAUUGGAGCAUUUUCAAGGCCAUCACCCCUCCUGACAUCCGAGCCAACACGGAGUCUUUUCAGAAUUGCAUGCUACGUUCAGAUCUUCGCACUAUCUAGGUGGUUGGCUGUCACUCUUCCAGUCGAAUAUUAUGAAGUCUCGAGAGGCUUACAGUGGAGUAUUCCAUACUUCACACUUCCCUGGGAAACCAGGGGUAUUCACUCAGCAACUCUACUCCCAAAUUCAUCUGCUGUCGUUCCACAUUCUUCUACCAUUUCUAGAUUCCACAAUCCAGAAAUUCCCAAUCAAAUGCACAAGGGAAAGGAAAGAUUGAGCAUGGCUGCUUCGGUAUAUGGCUUGCCUCUUACUCCAAUUGAGUACAAAUUCUUCUUCGAGAGCCAAGACAUGAAGCCAGAAGCAGAUUAUAUCAUGGAAACACAGCGUUCCAAUGGGUGGAAAGAUUUUCACAGAACCAUGUUCUGGUUAGUAGUAAUCUGUGGUGGUCUAAUACUGCUGCAUGCCAUAGCUAUCCUGAUCCUCAAGUACAAGAAGAGAGAAGAAGAAUCUCAAAAUCCCAGCAGCAAUGGAGCAUUGGUAUUUCCAAGAUUCGAAAUAUUUCUUCUCAUUCUCUUGUUGCCUGGCAUCUGUAAGGCAUCUGCAGUGUUGGUGAAAGGUAAAACAGUAUCAGGCACUAUAGUCGGAAGUCUGCUGCUUUUAGCAGUUGGCAUGUUGCUUCUAGCCUUGCUAUUAUUCCUCUCCAUUGGGAUCACUUUAGGGAAGUUACUCCAGUACAAGGAAGUCCAUCAAGUAGGGCAGAUCUUCCACUGGUAUCAGGAGCUGGUUCGUGUCACAUUAGGCCCAGGGAAGAGAGGCCAAUGGACAAGGAAAGAUCAACCCAUCAACUCAGCCCAGCUGACGAAGCUCGGUCCGUUGUUCGAAGAUCUCAGAGGCCCGCCAAAGUACAUGCUUUCCCAGAUAGGAGUUGCCAGCAACAAGUACAGGGACAGAAUCAUUGCAUCAGAUGACGAGACAGAAGAUGCAGAAGCUCCCUUCAUUCAGAAACUCUUUGGAAUCCUCAGGAUUUACUACACAUUGCUCGAGUCCAUCAAACGAGUCACUCUAGGGUUCGUCGCUGGUUCAUAUGCCAACACCUGGUCUUCCAAAACUCCAAGCACCGUCUUACUAUGCAUCAGUGCUUUCCAGCUCUUCUUUGUGGUUCUGAAGAAGCCAUUCAUCAAGAAGAAAGUGCAGCUAGUCGAGAUCAUCUCCCUUUCCUGCCAAGUCCUGACUUUCGCCACGUGUUUGAUUCUGUCAAAGAUGGAACCUUUGUCGACGAGAAACGAAACCCGAGUGGGGAUCUUCAUGGUUUUGGUGUUCUUGACAGGUUUCUUGGCUCAUACGGCAAAUGAAUGGUAUGCACUGUACAGACAGACGAAAAAUCUGGACCCUGCGUUGAAGUCGUUCUCCACAGGGUUGAAGAUGGCAGCAGUUGGGUUGCUGGCUUUCUUGGGCACCAAGAAGUUGUGCACUAGCUUGCUCUCCAAGCUACCGAAGAAAGAGAGAGAGACAGGCGGAGGGGAAAUGGCUGGGUCGUCUUCUGCUGAAAGGAACAAGAAUUCGGGAAGCUCGGGGACUCCAAUGGUGGACAAACCGUGGAUGAGACAGCUGAGAGAAAUGGCAAAGGCGAGUUUUACGAGGGAAGGAAGCAGCGCAGGUGGAAGAGGUGCAAGUGUUCCGACGGAUCCUUCCAGCAGUAGGACCAAGUGGAGUGGGUUUUGGGGCAGUAAGAAGAGCGAGAGCUCGUCUCAGCAAUCCUCUGCUGAUUUCAAAUCCAGACCAAACCGCUUGUACAAAGAUUUAGAAGCCAUCUUUGCAGCAAAAUGAUGAACGUUCCUGUCUUUCUUUCUUAAUAAACAAGAGCGUGAAAGUUCAACAGAGAAUGCAGACAAUCAAUUCCUCAGAUCAGUCUUUCUUCAAAUUGGAACUUAACUCUUACUUACGAGUUACGACUGUAAAUCAUUCUUUUACUCAACUCAUUGAUGGUUCAUGCAAAAGUAAAAAAGUUGCAAAUUGGCUGGCAACUUUCGAAGUGUGAUGGCGCCAUGUAACAAAUUCUGGAAAGAAACCAAUUGCAGCAAGUAACAAACGC